AUGUACUCAAACGCUAUCUCUUUGCUCGCCCUGGCUGGCGCAGCACAAGCACACAUGUCGCUCUGGUACCCUGGACCGCUGGGUGGUGUCAAGGAGGCCAACAAAGCUUCCACCGACUCAAGCGUCGACCCGGAACUCAACUUCCCUCUCGGUUGCUGUGAUAGCGAAGGUCAACCCACUGCUCCUAGCCCCGGCGUAUGUCGCGGCCAUCUUGACCUCUUCGAUACCGAGGAUGCUCAAGUCACCUGGCAGCCUGGCCAGGAUGCCUACUUCCAGCUUUCUGACCACACCUAUACUGCUGAUGCUCCUGGUGGAACUCACUACGGUGGCUCCUGCCAGGUCGGCUUCUCGACUGACCGCGGAGAAACCUGGAAGGUCGCGGCCUCCUACAACGGCAACUGCCCUCUUCGUGGUAAGGAUGGCUCCCCUGAGGUGCAGACAUUCGAUUUCAAAGUCCCCACUGGUAUGCCUGAGGGCAAGGCCCUAUUCGCAUGGAUUUGGUUGAAUCGCGAACACGAAUCGUUCAUGAAUUGUGCCGCUGUACAGAUUGGCGAAGGCUCUGGCAACACAACUCCUACCAACCCUGCGAAGCCGUCCGUCUCAGCGACUAAGCCCAAUUCUCCUUCCAGCUCAGCAUACCAGCCCACUCAGCCGGAUGAAAACGAUCAGUACUCGGCAGCACCACCUGUGCCAACCUCAACUCGUGCCGCUGGCUAUCCUUCCUACCCUACUGCCUCUGCUUCACCAACCCAGCCUGGUGAUGAGGAGUCUACCGAAGAGCCAUCCUACGAUGCCCCAUCCGAAGACAGUUCUGAAGAGACCGAUGACUCCGAGGACUCAGAUGAUUCUUCUGACGAAGAGGAUUCUAACAAUGACAAUGAGGAGUCUGACAACGAAGAGACCGAAGACAAGUGGUCCGGGCGCCCUGGCCGCUGGAACUCGCACCGCCACCAGACUGUCAAGUACAAGAUGAUCGACGAGCACAAGUGCAAGAUCACUUUGAGGUCUGACCGCGCCGAUGCUUCCUGCGUCUGCAAGGCUUCCAGCGGUUGCUCACCUCAGAAGCGAGGCCUCACAGAACGCAAGGCUCUUCGCAUGGCCCGCCGCGAUGCCAUCAAAAAGCGUGCCGAUGCUUGCGCCUGGAACUCUGCCCCUUCAAUGGUCGUCUCGUAUUACACCGUCGAUGCCGCAUGUGCAGCUAACGCCAAGAUGAACGUCCCUGACUCUGACACAUUUGAAAUCGGCUGGAACGAGCCCUGUGGUGUCGUCGAGGGCGACGGCGAGUACCCCAUCAAAGACAUGGACUGCAACAUGUUCAGCUAG